AUGGGGCUAGAUCUUCCUGACGCACCUGACCUGAGUACGACCGAGUUCAGCAAUGCUCAGAACCUUGUGCCCGGCUAUAUGCCUGCAAACACGAAUCAGGCCACGGGCAGUACGCCCAACGGUCACGAUCUAUCUUUCGCGACCUUGCUCAUGGCCGCUGAGCAUGCUCGGCCUCAAGAACCACAGUCUCAUGUCACGCUCCAACAACCAGCCCAUCUCGCGACACCGAUGUUCCCCGUCCAGGACCAAUUUCUAUCCAAUGCCACUCCUCAGACGUCAAUGCAAGCACCGGUGGAUCAGCUCAAUGGCAUUGUUGGAUUCGACUUUGAGGACUCCCUGCAGGACCUCGCCAACUUCAUGGACAACGGCGCGCUGUCCUCUUAUCACUUCUCAUCCAUGAUUAGCGCCGAGCAACCGAUACCAUUCUUCUCUCCCGAAUCUCUCACUCACACAGCUGAUGUGCUUCCGACCACCGAGCCUCGUCCCGCCUCCCGUGCCCAGCCCAAUCCAGAUCAUCCCGAAGAUGCGGGCUCGUUCUCACGCUUCGGCUCGCGCCUGCCCUCCUUACAGCCAGAGGAGAGUCCGUCCGCAACACAAAAUGAACAAUACAGCAGCAGUCGUCUACUGUCAGACAUCACCAUCGAGGAUCGACAGAACGUGUCGCUUAAAUUGGCUGAAUUCGCUCAUGUGGUGCCGAGCACUUUCCAGCUACCGUCACGGCUGGCCUUAUCAAGGUAUUUGGCGGGCUACGUCAACGGCUUCCAUGAGCAUCUUCCUUUCCUACACAUUCCGACAAUAUCAGUAAACAACAGUUGCGUUGAGCUCAUCAUAGCUAUGGCAGCAGUCGGCGCACAAUACUGCUUCGAGGGACAAAAGGGCGUCGAACUGUUUCAUGUCAGCCAGUGUAUAGCCAUGCAACGCAUCCGCCAAAGAGAUGCCAGGUUAGCCGCGUCCCACCGUUCGACUGAGCUGUCGCCGCAGUAUUCCGGCCACGGCAAAGGGAGUGAAAUGACGACAGAAGAAACGCCACGCAGCGGUUCUAUGUCCGGAUGCUUAGGGCUACCCUCUCAACCUGAUUCGGAUUCGGGCAUGCAAAAAGAAGAUCUGAUGCAAACAGCCCAAGCAUUGCUCUUGCUGAUGGCGAUGGCAACUUGGGCCAAACACAGGGAGAUUCUUCGCGAGGCUCUCGCGAUUCAGAGCGUUCUCGCAACACUUGUCCGAGAUGAUGGUUUCAAGAGCCAACCGUUGCCUGAGGACAUAAGCUGGGCAGACUGGAUCCGACGUGAAACCACGAAACGCACCAAGUUUAUUGUCUUCUGCUUCUUUAACUUGCAUACGAUCGUGUACAACGUUCCGUCACUGAUUCUUGCCUCGGAAGUCGACCUGACAUUGCCUUGCAAUGCCUUCGAGUUCAAAGCCCCAACAGCCAGCAAGUGGAAGGAGGUGCGAGCUCGCUCUGGCGCUGAAGUUGGGUUUCAGACUGCCCUGCAACGACUGUUCUCUCGCACUUCAAACGAUGCCAGCACGUACAACUCUUCCCUGGGAAACUACGUCCUUGUCCAUGCACUACUGCAGCACAUUUUCUUUGUCCGACAGAUAUCUCGAUACCGGCUUGAUCACAAUGGCGAUUUACGAUCUGACGACGUGGCUGCAAUUGAGCAGGCGCUCAGGAACUGGCAGCUUGCAUGGAAACGCAACCCAGAAUCGUCACUUGACCCGAUGAAUCCGAACGGUCCAGUCACCUUCAACUCGACGGCUCUUCUGCGGCUUGCCUACAUCCGCCUCAAUGUCGACUUAGGACCUGGCCGAGCCCUUGAUACGCGCGACCCAGUCCAGAUUGCCAAUGCGUUUCGAGACAGCCCGUCAGUAAAGCGAACGCCGAAGCUCGUUCGAGCAGUCCUACACUCUGCUCACGCCCUCAGCAUUCCUGUCAAGAUUGGUAUUCACCUUGUUGCCCAAACGCAGACAUUCAUGUGGUCAAUCCAACACUCCCUCUGCACUCUGGAAUGUGCGUUCUUGCUGAGCAAAUGGCUUGAAGCCCUGAGCCUGCCAGGUUCUGGCCCAGCGAUUACCAACGACGAGCGCAAGAUUGCCACACUGGUCAAGACCAUGCUUGACGAGACUGAAUUUGCGAUGCCAGUGGACGUUGCAAUGGACUCACCUGCUGCCAUGAAAUAUCUGAGUGCAGGUGUCCUAAGAGUAUGGGCACAAGUGUUCCGCGGUGCUCAGACUUGGGCAAUCGUCGACGUUAUUGGGACAAGUCUGAACAUUUAUGCCGACAUGCUCGAGGCUGGCUGA